GAGCAGAAACACCAGGGAAGAUAAGUGCUUUUUUGAUAUUAUAGGGACAUUGUUAUAUAAUCCCCCCUCAGAUAUUGCAAACUUCUAUCAUUCGUUCAAGUAUGUCCAAGUCAACCUAUUAACCAACCAACAGUUCAACAAAAUUACAUCAGUCUGCUGCACUACAACAGUAUUUUGCUAAAGUAUAUUUCCACAACCUGUCACUAGUCUUGUCUUUUAUCCUACAUCAGAUUGAUGGAUUUUCAUUUAAGAUGGAACAUUUAUAUAUAUUGAUGUACUCUUAUUAAGAAUAAAGAACAUUGUUUGAUAAGGGAAAUGUUGUGACAGGGAAUCUUUCCCCCUGGGCGUGGUUUUCCCAGUAGAGGAUAGUUGGGAAUAAAGGAGUGACCAAAUGAAGAACGGAAUGUAUAAAGGAGUGUGUGUGAAUUCCUACUAUAGCUGUCUGGCUGUCACCUCAACAACACAACAACAACCGAUACUAUGGAACUCUCUGAUGCUCUGUGUGGCUGUCCGUCCUCUGGUUCUACCCCCCAGGGAAGCAACAGUAUCUGGCCCAGUCAGCAGCAACCAGGAUGUCCUGUCUGGCCGACACAGCCCGGCCAACAGCCCACCCAACCCCAGCCCCCAUCCUGCUGGCCUGGUCCUCAACCAUCCCAACCAGCCCCAGCUCUAGCUCAACCCCAGCCCAUGCCUUGCUUUCCUGGGCAGCCGAACACCCGCUGCUGGCCUGGGCCACAGCCAUCCCAACCAGCCCCAGCUUCGGCUCAAAACUGGCCUGGGCCACAGCCAUCCCAACCAGCCCCAGCUCCAACCCAAAACUGGAACUGGCCUGGUCCUCAACCAUCCCAACCAUCCCCAGCUCCAGCCCAAAACUGGCCUGGUACCCAACCUCAACCUAUCCAACCAGCCCCAGCCCAUCCCUGCCAGCCAUGCUGGCCUGGACCCCAGCCUCCCCAAUUACAGCCCCAGCCUGCCACCCAGCCUUAUCAACCUCCAGCCCCAGCUCCAAUUCAAGCCCAGGCCCAGGGCCCCAGCCAGCCCAGUCCCCGAGGGUGGCCAGUCCCAGGCUUUAACCCAGGCGUUAACCCAGGGUCUGGAUGGCCAUUCGGCCCUGGUCAGGACCCAGGUGGACAGUCUGGUUGGCCUGAUCAGGACCCAGGUGGCUUCACACCUGCUCCACAGUGGAAUCCGACACCAACUGGACAGAAUGUGCCCUACAACCUGAACCUACAAAGAGGCAUCUACGACAAGAUGAUGAUCACCAUCAUGGGCCAGGUCAAACCAAACGCUAAGCAGUUCACAGUGAACUUCCUGCGAGGUAAAGACAUUGCAUUCCACCUCAACUCUCGGUUCAACGAAGGGGGCAAGCAGGCAGUGGUGAGGAACCACAAGGUGGGAGAGCGCUGGGGGAAGGAGGAGAGGCACACACAGGGAGGCUUCCCCUUCAUGGCAGGACAGUCCUUCGAGAUGAAGAUUUUGGUUACGUCCGGCGAGUUUAAGGUGGCUGUGAACGGAACUCAGCUGUUUGAGUUUAAACACCGCAUCAGAGAACUCAACCAGAUCGAUCGCAUCAACAUCCUCCAUGAUGUCAUCCUCACCUCUGUCAACGUAGACACGAUACCAUGACAACCAUACACAUGACAUCACUAUAUAUUAUACAACACUCAGCAUAGGCUUCAUGCAUAACAUGGCAUCAAUCUGCAAUGAAGUCUUUGCACCUUUUUUAUGAUGAUGGUGAUAUUGGUGAUGAUGAUUAUGAUGAUGAUGGUGAUGAUGAUUAUGGUGAUGAUGAUGAUGAUGAUGAUGAUGAUUAUGAUAAUGAUGAUGAUGACGAGCUGCAAACAUAAUACUGCAUUAAUGCCCACAAACUCUACAAAAAAACAAUCCAUGUGCAAAUGUGUGUAAUUUACAGGGUAUGAAGGCCUAAGAAUUAAGCAAUGCCAUUUCAUUUAAAUUCGUAUGAUAUUUUAUAUCUAUUUUCUGUUGAAUGUCUAUGUAAAUAAACAUACUUUAUGGCUACGAUGCCUUUCUGACUAAAGGUAUCACUAGAUACAGUGCAUUACACUGAUUCACUGAAGGUCUCCAUAUGAGGGCAUUAAGUGACCUCCAGGGGUAGUAAAUAACUAAAAUUGUAUGAAAUAAAACCAUUAAAUUGAA